GGCCCGGUACAUCUUCGGCAAAACCUCCACCCAUCUGAUUUCGAGUUUCUCUGCGCGACAAAGCCAUCCGCAGCAUCAUCGUCAUCCCACUUCCAAUUGCCCAGCAUGUCGAUGUUCCGUGCGAAGAAGCUCGACCUGGGCUGCUUCGUCAAUGUCCGCACCCUGCGUGACCACACGAAGCGCAAGGUCUUUGAGCAGAACGAGACUGAGAGGCAAGCCCUCCGAUUCAUCAUCCGCAACACCACCCUCCCUCCCCGAGUCCGCGCCGAAGCCCAGCUGCAGCUGACGCAGAUGCACUGCUACACCCGCCCGACCCAGAUCCGAAACCGAUGCAUCAUGGGAGGCCAGGGCCGCGGUGUGCUGAGCGACUUCAAGCUGACGAGAUUCAAUUUCCGAAUGGAGGCCAUGGCCGGAAACCUGCCCGGUGUGAAGAGGGCCAGUUGGUAACGCAAUAAUACAUCUCAAUGCUGGACGCAAACGAGGAAACGAGAGCUGUAUGACUACGUGUGGACGCGAUGUGGCAUUCUAGGAUUGGAAAAGAACGACCCGCGCGAAUGACCAAGAUAUGGCAAAUAGACACCAAACCCGACUGUAUAAUACAUGUGAAUACCACGCCAUCUCAGUGGAAUUUGCUCUUGGAGGAUGCGUGUCCGGACUCUUCGUCAGUGAACGUUGGUCAAUGAACUGACAAUCCAUGGAGGAUCUGGGUCAAUGGAAUUGCUCUAUGACACUAGGCAUCAAAAGAGACCUCUACAUGAGAUUUACCAAUCUCACAAUACCUUAUUAUCGCUAUCUCUAUCAGUAUACCUUGGCUCCUCUGUGCCUAGUUCCGGAGUACACGACGUAAGAGAUCCAGCGGGCAUCAAGCUAGGUCC